AUGGAAGAUAUACGGUACGAUGUGGCUCCUGCCAGGACGAAUCGCAGGAUAUUCCCCCCUGACGCAUCCAUCAUCCUAGUUGGAUGUCACGGUGCAGGCAAACGGACGUUGGGCUUCAUCGCGGCCAAAUACUUGGGUCGUCGACUUCUCACCGAGGAUCGUUCCUUUGAACAGUCUACCGGGUGUAAUAGGCCUACCUUUCUGCAGAAGUAUGGACGAGACGCAUUCAACAAGCAGGUGAUGGUUGUGCUAGCGGAGACCUUGGAGUCGAAUCGCCACAGCUGUGUCAUAGAGUGCGGAAUGAGCACUCUCUCCGGAGACAGCCAAGGCAUCCUGUCAGCAUAUACCGAAACGAACCCAAUCAUCUACGUUCACCGUGACAAAGAGGACAUUUACAAGCUACUCAAUAUGCCAGUAGCGGACGCUGAGCGCCUCCUAAUCGCCGACCAAGGGCAUCGUGUCUUCUCCAACUUGGAGUACUUCAACCUCUUGGAUGCCAGUGGAGAUGGGCCGGUGACGGAUGAUUCUUCGUUUCGGUCUGCAUCCACAGGCUCUGCCAGGCUGAUCAAAGCGAAGCAAGACUUCAUACACUUUCUUGACCACAUCUCCGGGCAUGGCUUGACGCGAUCUUGGGUAGAGAAUCCAUUCUCGAUUAAUGCCAUACCUCCUGAAUAUCGAACCCACACCUUCGUCCUGAAUCUACGGUUGUCAGUUCUCAUGAACAUGGGCACGGAUUUGACCCAACUCGAAGCCUCUGCAGAGGCCGUUGAGCUGAUAAUCGACACCUGGCCUAGCAAUAUACUCGACUUUAUCGCAUCCCGGGUAGCUUUAAUUCGAAGACAGUUGGAUGUGCCGAUAAUAUAUCACGUGGAGGAGAACCCACGAGAGGAGCGCCGAAGAACCCUAGACGAGAGAGACUCGAUGGACUUGAAGCUGAUGAUACAUGGCCUUCGACUCGGUGUUGAUUAUCUCAGUCUCGACCUUGAAAGAAGCGAGCAAGUGGUUUCCCAGGUCCUCACCAUGCGGGGCAGGACCAAGAUAAUUGGCAACUACGUGAUCAGGGGAUUUGGCGCGCCGCAAUGGACAGACGAUGUCUACGUCCAACGGUACCUUCGAGGUAAGACGCUUGGAUGUCACAUCGUUCGAAUUGCAAGAUUCUCCGCAACAGAGAGGUCUGACGAGCUUCAUGCGGCGUUCGUGGGGAAGGUUCAAACCUUACCAGACCCCAAACCACAUCUGAUUGCAUUCGACUUUUCGGUGUUUGGCGUCGUCAGCCCUCUUCAAGGUAUCAGCAUGAACCCUUCGGGUCAUGAUGCCUUGGAAAAGUCGGCCCGAGAACAGAUGGUCGGCGUCACCACCGCCCGCGGAACACUUAGGGUUUUUUUCCGCAGGGGUUGGCUCCAGCCCCUCAACUUCUACACACUGGGCUCCAAUGUCUACUAUUCAGCCUCGCCGUCCAUGCACCGAGCUGCGUAUGAGCACUAUAUGAUGCCGCACACAUUCGAUGCCAAGCGGUGCGAUUCAAUGGAAGAACUCGACCGCAUUCGGAGCGAACCAGGGUUUGGGGGUGCUUCACUGACGGCGCCUUUCAAAGUUGCCAUUAUGAAACGCCUCGAUCACCUAAGCUCGCAUGCCACUGCCAUUGGUGCAGUGAACACUCUUCUUCCACUCCGCGGGAAGACAGCUUCGAUUCUCGAUCAUGCCAAUGCUCGAAACCAGGCUGGCUCGACCAACAAGUUCUAUGGGGACAACACCGACUGGAGCUCCAUCGUGACUUGUCUACGCCGGGCUGUCAGCCCUAGGAAUUCUGUCCAACCUUCCCGAACCACUGCACUUGUCGUUGGAGCUGGUGGUAUGGCACGCGCAGCCAUCUACGCUUUGAUCAAGUUGGGCUGCCGGAAGAUCUUCAUUUUCAACAGGACGAUAUCCAAGGCAGAUGAGGUAGCAACGCAUUUCAAUGCCUACGCCAAGGAACUGAGGCUUGUGGGGCGAAAGAGCGGCCAGGAGCAUAUAUGCUAUGUCAUCUCGUCGGCUCGCGACCCCUGGCCAGAAGGAUAUCAGCAGCCGACACUGAUCCUGUCGUGUAUUCCAGCUUCUGGGACGGACAACAACCCGCCGGUGGAUUUCAGGAUGCCCUCUCAAUGGCUGAAGAGUCCCACGGGCGGUGUCGUCAUAGAGCUAGCGUAUGAACCUCUCGUAACCCCCUUGGUUGUCCAGAUGCGCAACCUGCGCGACAAUGGCAACUCCUCGUGGGUGAUCGUCGAUGGCCUAGAGGUCGUGGGUGAAAUGGCCAUGGAGGCCUUUGAGCUUAUGACUGGUCGGAAAGCGCCUCGGAUACUGAUGAGAAGGGUGUGUAACGAGACUUGGGAGAAACAAUGCGCCCCGUUUCAGCCCCAGCGGUAG